AUGAUGAAAAGAACAAGUAAAACAAAAAAAGAGCGAGACGAUGUCCAAGACAACCAAGAAAGUAGAUGGGCAAGUCAACUUCGUCUCGGCAAAAGACGACGAUGGGCGAGCCAAGUAAGAUUUGGAAGAAAGAGAUAA